UAUUCAAAAUUUAUUUGAAUCUGUCAUAAACUAUAUGAAUCUAACAAUUAUAAAUUUAUAAGUAUCCCAUUCCAUUGCAAUGCCUGUAUGAAAGCUAGGUGGCGUAAAAGCUUGAAAGGAAUUUGAUCCUACAACAAUAUCAUAGAUGAGCUCUUGGAGGAUGAUCACGAUCGAUUCACUCGUACUGUGCUCUUUAAUCUUUCUGCUGUGAACUUGGGCUGGGUAAUGCUUCUCACCUGGACGACUACAGCCUCACGUGACUCUUUCCACUGGGAUCUUCCCCAAGCCAUAGAAGACGAAUAUGGUGAUUUCUCGAGUCUCCAGAUCGUGGAAGCCACCUUUUUUUAUUUGCGAAUGUGAUCCAGUACUGCUACUAUAACAAGUAGUUAAAAUUAAUUAACAACCAUUUGGAUUUUUUUUUUUCAUUGCAACAAACUAAAGUACCAAUUGUUUUAAUUUGUGGGAAGAUUUUCAAGAUUGUGCACAGGCUUGCUUCAACAAAGUUGGUGACGCAGUAAAAAAUAAGAUCACAUUGAACGAGCCAUGGAACUAUAGCAAUUGGGGUUAUGCAAAUGGCUUGUUUACAACAGGUCUUGUUCUAUUGGGAACAAGUAAAUUGUACAAGGCGGAGACUCGGGGAUUGAACAACCUUAAGCGUUAAGUUACACUUAAGAUGGAGUAAGUCGUAGCCCGCCAGUCUGAGUGACGAGCCACAUUCUAAACUUUGGCGGGUUCAUCAAAACAAAAGACAAAACCUUUGGCGGGAAAUUAGGGAACGAAUUCCUAGAUCUGCAAUGCUAAACUUAAAAAACUACUGUUCAAACAUUUGGGUAAUCCAACGUCUACCCUCAACCCUGUAUUCCUAGUUUCAUUAUUAUUAACUGUUGAUUUAUUGCAUACGACACCGUUUACUAGAAAAAAAUGGCCCACACAAUAAUCUGUCAUAGAGAUGAGCGCACGAUAUCAAAGUUCCAGUACCAGCCCUAUCUUUCGCUCUUUCUCUUUGCUCAAACAGAUCUCAAAAUCCUUAUUAAUGCCCUGAUUUUCAUAUUACAUUUUUUUUUGUUUUCUAAACAUUUUUUCUUAAAAUUUUUCUUCAAAAGUUAAUUUUCCAUUUUUGCUUCUCGGAGAAUUCCAAAUGGAGAGUGAAAGUCCAAUAGAAACAAAGAAAGGCAAAUCAAGAACUCCCAAAAAAGCUAAAGAAAGCAUUCUCAAGCAAAAGUCCCCUGCUGAGUUCUUUGCAGAGAACAAGAACAUUGCUGGUUUUGAUAAUCCUGGGAAAUGCCUAUACACAACUGUUAGAGAACUUGUUGAAAAUGCGCUGGAUUCAGCAGAGUCAAUAUCUGAGCUUCCGGUAGUAGACAUAACAAUUCCAAAUGGCUGUUGCAGAGAAGAGAUUGUCAAAAGCAAGUUCAAUUCCAUGAUUGGGCUUGUUGAUAGGGAACGUGUUGAUGAAGAAUUAUACGAUGAUUAUGAGACAGCUAAGGCCCGUGAGAAAAGAUUAGCAAAGGAAGCUCGAGCUCUUGAAAUGCAAGCAAAGAAUGCUGCCCUUGGGAAGAAGGUCAAAGAACAUGUAGUUCCCAAAAGCGUCAAGGGUCGAGGCGAAGCUUCUUUUUACAGGGUGACAUGCAAGGACAAUGGAAGAGGCAUGCCACAUGAUGACAUCCCAAACAUGUUUGGACGAGAUGAUUUAUUCAACAUCCAUUUUAACACCUGCCUGCAUGCUCGUUAUGCAGUUCUGUCUGGCACAAAAUAUGGCUUAAAGCAAACGCGUGGGAAGUUUGGUCUUGGUGCAAAAAUGGCCUUAAUUUGGUCCAAAAUGAGUACAGGCCUGCCGAUCGAGAUCUCAUCAUCAAUGAAGGGUGAAAAUUAUAUUUCGUUCUGUAGGUUGGAUAUAGACAUUCAUAGGAACAUUCCUCACAUUCAUUUGCAUGAAAAACGUGACAACAACGAUAGAUGGCAUGGAGCAGAAAUUCAAGUGGUCAUUGAGGGAAAUUGGACAACUUACCGUUCCAAGAUAUUGCAUUACAUGCGGCAAAUGGCAGUUAUCACCCCGUAUGCUCAAUUUCUAUUUAAGUUUGUAACUGACACCCCUGAUAAAAAUGUCACUAUAAAGUUUGCACGGAGGACAGAUGUAAUGCCUCCAGUUCCUGUUGAGACAAAGCAUCAUCCUUCAUCUGUUGACAUACUACUAAUCAAACGCCUUAUUGCUGAAACUUCGAAACAGACCCUACUGCAGUUUCUUCAGCAUGAGUUUGUAAAUAUUGGAAAAUCCCUUGCUGAACGAUUAAUUGGAGAAAUGGGUCCAGAAUUUAGUCCAAAAAUGGCUGUUAAGUCUCUGACUGAUCAGCAAAUAGUUCGCAUCCACCAGUUAUUUCGUCAAGCUAAAUUUGAUGACCCCAGUGGCGAUUGUCUAAGCCCUGCGGGUGAGUACAAUCUUCGCUUAGGAAUUAUAAAGGAGCUCCAUCCUGACAUGGUUGCAACUUAUUCAGGCAGUGCUCAAAUUUUCGAGGGGCACCCAUUCAUUGUGGAAGCUGGUGUUAGUGUGGGUGGAAAAGAUGUUAAACAGGGUUUGAACAUUUUCCGAUUUGCAAAUCGAAUACCUCUUCUUUUUGAGCAAGGUGGUGAUGUUGUCACAAGGACUGCGCUAAAGAGAAUCACUUGGAAUAAUUACAAGAUCAACCAAACACAAGAUAAAAUCGGUGUCUUUGUGAGUAUUGUAAGCACAAAAGUCCCCUUUAAAGGGACUGGGAAGGAGUACAUUGGGGAUGAUAUCAGCGAAAUAGCUAGUGCUGUAAAGUCUGCAAUUCAGCAAUGCUGCAUCCAGCUGAAGUUGAAAAUAUUAAAGAAAAUGCAGGCCCGUGAACAGCAAGAGAGAAAGCGAAAUUUGAGCAAGUAUAUCCCUGAUGCUACAAAUGCUGUGUAUGAUGUUUUGAAAGAAAUGGCUAAGUUGCAUGCAUCAAAAAAGAAACGAUAUGAGGAGGGGGAUGCAGAUAUUCUUCAAAAAGUAUCUGAUCAGUUGAUUACUGAAGAGGCACUCAAGGAAAAGCUCACUCAACAUGUUGAAAAGGUGGAUUAUGAGAUGGCAUUAGAGUAUGCUACACAAAGUGGAGAAAGCGAGGAACCAAGAGAAGAUAUAUAUUUAGAGUCAUUAGAUGCUAAAAGUAACUUUUUUGAUUUCCAUGGUCCUAUAUUUGUCUUCAGACUCUUUCUAUAGGGUGUUUGUCAUAUUGUCUUUAUUACUCAAUUGUACCAUUUCUAUUUUCCAACCUGGCAAUCUCACUAUAGUACUAUACCAUUUUUACUGAUUUCUAGUCCUACAGAGAAAACUAGAUAUUUGUGUUAUAACGUGAAUGGACAUGGCAGCUCUGAUAUCAUUAUUUUUAUUUUUAUUUUUUGGAAUUGUGCAAGCAUUUAAGGCAUUUGUGAUUCUUUUUAAUAUUGAAUUUAAGGGUUGAUAGCUUUUUUUUCCACCGAGUACAAAGAAAGUUGAAGCAAAUACAGAAUAAGACUGGUACUGUGAAUUUGAACCUUGUUUUAUUACGUUUCCGAUCACACAAAAAUAUAACUUAGUUUUGU